GAUAAUGAGCUGCACUGGAUGUCCCCCUGGCAUUGCGAUCGGCGUAAACAUGCUCGCUCACGCGCUCCGAUUUGGUCACUCACGGGAUUUAUCGAUAUCGGUCGUCCGUGGGCGGAAAGAGGGACAUACAUAUCUUGUACGUAUAGAAGAAACAUGCGGUGUCGGUUUCGUUGGCACGAAUAAACGCGUGCAAAUCGGUAGCCGUGUGUACAGAUCGCGUUCGCGCGAACGCGUUACCGAUACAUUGAUACAUUGAACGCGGUCUCUGAAGAUAUCGCUAAGUGGUCGCCGAUAUAAGGAACAGAAGAUCAGUCGAAAACCACCUGUCUUCGAAGGUGGAGGCUCUCUCCUCCGAUCUCGUCUACGCGCGACGAAAUUUAGUGGAAAAUAGAGAAAUCGCCCGCCUCGGAAUCGACCGAUCCCCAAAAUCGACAACCAUGGAAAGAUUAAAAAGGAAACGAAAGAGGACCGACAGCCAAAAGAAAGUAUUACUCUCAAUCGUCGAUCCCUGGGACGUGAGAGUAGCCAGUGUCGAUCCGGUCGGCUUGGCGGAGCGUCGAGGCGUUUAUUUGUCGAUAUCGCCGUCCCAACAGACUGGAAAUACCUUGCAAGAACCUCUGACCCCGGGUAGGACGGUCAGAACUCCGUCGCCUUGGUACAAACCUGCCUCCAGCAACGUCCCAGACCAAUCUUCUGUCAUCGGAGUCGCGAGAUCGAGCUCCUCCGAAGCCACUUGGGUGGAUCCUUGGUAUUCCCCAAUUAUUAGGUCAUCGAUUGGAACGCGAUCCAGUUUACCCGAAGCACCGCAGAAACCGGCGAGAAAGAAGACGCAAAGCGAACUAAAAAACACGAGAAGCUGCGACCUCCGAGUCGAGCAGACAAUUCCGGACGACAAUGGAUUAAUAGGUGCGAGGCAGGAAAUCACGUGCGAUGAUUCCGAUCACGAGCACAAGGCUGGAGCAGUCGCGAGAGUGCGUUUCGAGAACAAGGAACGACGAGAAAGGAGUCACAGUUGGGGUUCGCCAUUGGAAGCGGAACGCUUAGACGAGAAUAAGAGUCAUCUUUACCCCUCGAAAACGAUCCACCUGCCAGCCACCAGUUGUAUCGUAAACAACAAUUGGACGACGGGCCGGGAAGAAAAUAACGCGGAAAGUUCGGCAUCCGUCGACGAGAAAAACAUCGAGGAGAAACGUUGCAAGCUGAUCAAAGAAACAGAGCCAGUCGGUCGCGGAUCUUUCCAAGAUAAAGAGCUAGUGAACGUCGUGCAGAAUUUGGUGACGUCGAGGUACAGUCCCAUUCUUCUGUCUGGCACGCAACGAAAAUUAAACAGAAAGGCGCCAUGUCGACGCGAAUCAUCAAAGGAAAUGGACACAGUAGACGCUCCGAAGGUGACGGAACGUAACGCGAGUAUACGCGCAAACGAAGCUACGGAAGUGAUCGGAAACGGAACAACGAAAAGAUUCAUUUGUCCCGAAACGACAACUAGGUUUCGUGCAGCCGCGGAUAUUCGUAAAACGAGCGUCUCAAUGCCGAGCAAUUUGGACGAGAUGGAGAGUCUGAGAAUCAACAGACAAAAGGGAAACUCGUCGAAAUUCACCAGAUCGGAAAGCGACGAUAGCAGCAGCAGCGUAACGUUCAGCAACAGUGGCUCGACGCCCAAUGGAAGUCCACUCGGAUCAGAGACCGAGGAGGAAGCAAACGACGAAGAGUUGGUCAAAGUCCCGUUGCAAGCUCCGCCUCGACGAAAAGGCAGAGUAGUCGUGCCACCGAUAAUGACUAAAAAAUUAGGGAACAACUCGAUGGAGCUUCCCGGCGGACAAAGCGUGAAUUCGACGAUAACCAGCGUGAACAGCAUUAGCAGUCUGCUGAAAGAGAAGCUCCAGUUGUCUCUUCCACAGGCUUUGCGUAGCAGCAAAAAGAGACAAAACGCCGAUUAUCGACUGCGAGUUUUCGUUGGAAUACUGUUUCUGUGCGUCGUUUUCCUCGUAGGGUUUGCACACAUUUAUUACACCCAGCAUGUUUUACAACGAGCCUAUUUCGACAAAUUUCGGUUUAACAAAAACGAAAGAGUAAUGCACGUGUACAGCAGCACUGGGGCCGAGGUGAUCGCGGCCCAACUCGGCGAAGGCAUUCCCCCCGAGACCGGAGUUUUUCAAUGUUUGCCCCAUCAUCGGAAAGAAGGCUCGGUUUGUCUCGAGUGGCUCCAACAGACGCGUUUGUACCUGGCUCACACAAAACACGAAGACAUGCAUUGUUACCACGUUACCUGGCAAAGUCUAAACCCUUACUACAACCCUACAGAUUGUUUCGAUUGGUCGUCGAAAAGGGGCCAUUGGUACGGCGCCGGUCAGGUACAGAAUAUGCCUUAUCCUCUGGAGCGCGGACGUCUCGAUUCGAGCCCGUUCAUCACCGGUGACAUCGCAAAACAUACUUUUGGCAAUGUGCUGAAAAGGUACUUCUUGAACUCGAAGGGCGCGACGAUACUGGUCGACCCGGAGACGCCUCUUUACGUCUCCAUAAACGCAAACAGGAGCAACGACUUUUGCCUACAGGCCAGACACGACGCUUUCGCUUACAUAAAUCACUUGACGCCGCUCCCGCAACUGAAUUACACGAUCUGCGCGACGGACAACAUGAAAAACCUGCACUCAUCGAUGGCCGAGAAGUCCCUGUGGGACGGGCUGAAACCGGACGAACUUAACGCGGUUCAUUCGCUGCUGUCCGAACCCGUAUGGCAAAUCGCACCGACCGACGAAGCUGCCAUUUACAAUUACACCGAGGACGUGAUAGCCCUCGGUUUCUUGCGACAGGGGCACGUUUUGUUGAGCGAGGAAUGGCAGCCCAGUACCGGCGACUUUGUGCUCGACGAAGAACGAUUCCCAUCUAUGGAAGAAACGAUCAACAUUAUUCAUCGUCGAGGAUUCCGAAUCGUGUUCACCAUCCAACCGUUCAUAUCCACGGAGUCUGUGAACUUUAAGGACGCAGUGACCAGCAGGCUGUUGAUUUCCGAGAGAGGCAGCGAUCCAAGAAUUCCGGCUCUCACCAGAUACAAACAAAGCAAUAGCGUGGCCGUGCUGGACAUCACGAACAACAAGACAUUGCCCUGGUUGCAAUCCAAGCUCGGAAGAUUGAACAUGAAAUACCACGUGGACUCGUUCUACCUGGACUUGGGCACCGCCCAGGAUAUGCCUCACUAUUAUAAAUGCGAACAGCCGCUUACCAAUCCGGAUCAUUACAAAACUCUAUUUACAAGAGCAAUCCUGGGAUCUGUGCCGGUGAUUGGUGUCUCGGGAGCGAUUUCCAGGCCCCGAGCGCCAGUCUUCGUAUCCCUUCCUCCGUUCUCGUCCUCCUGGAAGGCCAUCAAAACUGUAAUUCCAACAGUUUUGACCUACGGAAUGAUAGGCUAUCCGUUCAUCAUGCCGGGUGCCGUUGGCGGAGACGUGGCUUUACCUAUGUCGGACAACAAUCCCGACAACGAUUUCGAAGUGAGCCUGCCAGACAAAGAGCUGUACAUCAGAUGGCUGCAGCUGUCCACGUUCCUGCCCGUGAUACGUUUCACUCAUCUGCCUAGCAAAUACUCGGACGAAUCCGUGUUGGAGAUAGCCAAGAGGCUGACAACCUUGAGGCAGAAAACUGUUACGCCGUUGCUGAAAAAGUACGCGAAGGAGACACUGAAUACCGGUCUGCCCAUAAUCAGACCUUUAUGGAUGCUGGAUCCGGCCGAUCCAGCUUGCCACGUUGUCGUGGACGAGUUCUCUGUGGGCGAGGAGUUGAUAGUCGCCCCUGUUCUCUAUUCCGGUAGCAGGCAAAGGGAGGUUUACUUGCCCGCGGGCGUGUGGAGGGACGGAAUCGAUGGUAGUCUCAGGAAGGGAUCCAGAUGGAUUCAUAAUUACAGAGUGGCAGAAGAUAAAGUCGCCUAUUUUGUCAAAAUGCCCGAUAACACGAGAUUUUGAUCGACGAUGCUCGCGAUGGACCGACCGAACGUUGAUCAAGAUAUCAUUCCAUCAGGAAAUUUAAUGGUUCCCCGAUGCACACAGUCAUUCGCGCGACUCUAUAACGAUCCAAGUUGCUUCUUGUACAUAUAUACAUACAUACAUACAUACAUACGUACAUACGUACAUACGUACAUACGUACGUACAUACAUACAUACUGAAUUUUGAUACUGUUAUUUCAGAUUUCAGAGAUUCGAAGAUAAAUUUUACUAUCGACCGAAAAAAAGAUCCGCUCGGAGGAAAAAGGACUUUGAAGUAAAAAAAUUGGUAAAUAAAAAUUAGGGUAGUGGGGGUGUUUAAGGUAUCGAGCAAGUCGCUGCUCGACUUUCUUUCGACAUGUAUUUUCGACAUC